AUGGUGGUGGAGGAGAUCACCGAGGGCGUGAAGAACCUCGCCGUCGCCGGAGAUGCGGCGGCGGCCUCAGGCGGAGAGGGGCAGAGGAGGGGCGGCGGCGGCAGCAGCAACCGCAUCCAGGUGUCCAACACCAAGAAACCCCUCUUCUUUUACGUCAACCUCGCCAAGAGGUAUAUGCAACAGCACGGCGAUGUUGAGCUAUCAGCUCUUGGAAUGGCCAUAGCGACAGUUGUGACCGUGGCAGAAAUUCUGAAGAACAAUGGAUUUGCUGUUGAAAAGAAGAUUAGGACAUCUACUGUUGAAAUAAACGACGAAACAAGAGGGCGUCCAUUCCAAAAGGCCAAGAUUGAGAUAAUUUUGGGAAAGAGUGACAAAUUUGAUGAGUUGAUGGCUGCUGCUGCUGAAGAGAGGGGAGAAGUGGAAGAUGGUGAAGAACAGGCUUGA